CGGUUCAGAGCUGCAGAGCUCGGCUGCUCACUGGGCCAGACCCGCUCUCCUAGAGACCCGCCCGCCCGGCUCGGCCAUGGAGCCGGCCCCCGACCCCGAGGAGGCGCGCACGGUGCGCGAGGCGCUAGGCCGCUACGAGGCGGCGCUAGAGGGCGCGGUUCGCGCGCUGCACGAGGACAUGCAGGGGCUGCAGCGCGGCAUGGAGCAGCGCGUGGCCGAGGCGUUGCGCCUGGCCGGGCCGCUGGCGCGCACGGUGGCCGAGCUGCAGCGCGACAACCAGCGGCUGCAGACGCAACUCGAGCGCUUGACGCGCCAGGUGGAGGCGCUGGGCUUGGCGACCGGGCUGACCCCCGCGCCCGGCACGCCCAGCCCUCCGCCCGCCCCCGGCGUCCCAGACCAUGCGCCCCGCCUGGGCACCGCGCACUUCGCCAGCCACGCCACCUUCUCGCUGUCCGUUCGCGGCCAGGGAAACUGAGACCCAGGAGGGGUUACCCUGGGGCCGGUGGCACAGCCAGGAUGGCGGGUUCCCCUGCUGGCCCUUGGUCUGGGCUCUCUCUCUGCACGACACUCCCCACCGCUGCAGCCCAGAGGGGAUGGAGGGGCCUCAAGGAGCCAGUCAGGCCCCAGUACUCUGGACAUCCAGGCAAAUCUUGUGACCCUGCAUCCAAUGAGUGUGGAUCACCAUGACGAAGCCAGCGAGGCGGAGAUGAGGAGAACCUCAAACUCGUACAUCGUGGAGAACGGGCACCAGCCUGGGGCAGGGAAAGUUGGAGCAGGCAUCACCUCUGGUUGGAGCAGUGAGACUUCCCCAGUAGGGGGAGAUCAGGGAGGCAGGAGUGGUCAGGGAGGCCUUCCUGGAGGAGGUGAGAGGAGUGUUCACAGAGGCUGGAGUCCUCCUGGGUGGUUCUGAGGCCCCUGUCAAUGCCAUGGCUGAAACCCCCCGACCCCU